UGCAGCGAUGGUGGAAAAGAAAAUAGCAGUGCGCUCCCAGGACCCAGGCCAGCGGCGUGUUUUGGACUGCGCUACGCGCCAGCGACGCUUAACCAGACAACUAGAGGCACUUGAAAAGGACAAUUUCCAGGAUGAUCCUCAUGCCAGCCUACCCCAGCUGGCCAAGAGGCUCCCUCAGUUUGAUGACAGCAAUGAGUCUGGCAAGAAGAGGAAGAAGACAAGAGGAGAUCAUUUCAAAUUGAGAUUUCGGAAGAACUUCCAGGCUGUACUGGAGGAAGAGGAACUAAGUGGGAAUGAGGGACCUAACUACCUGACUGCCUGUGCCGAGCCCUCCAAACUGCCGCAGCGCCACUUCUGUGCCGUGUGUGGCUUCCCGUCUCCCUACACCUGCAUUUCCUGUGGGGCACGCUACUGCUGUGUCCGCUGCCUGGGCACACAUCAUGAGACCAGGUGUCUGAAGUGGACAGUGUGAUGCUCUCUGCUGGUACGUGUGAAUGGCUGCCUCAUUCUAUUGCUUGAUCCUAUGUCCUCCUGUCAUCAACUGAAGGACAGGUUUCUUUUUUGUGCAGCAUCAGAGUAUCUGAAUGAGCUGUAUGACUCCCGUCCAGUCAGUCUGAAUGAGAUAUAUGACUCCCGUUCAGUCAGUCUGAAUGAGCUAUAUGACUCCCGUCCAGUCUGUCUGAAUGAGCUGUAUGACUCCCGUCCAGUCCGUCUGAAUGAGAUAUAUGACUCCCGUUCAGUCAGUCUGAAUGAGCUAUAUGACUCCCGUCCAGUCUGUCUGAAUGAGCUGUAUGACUCCCGUCCAGUCCGUCUGAAUGAGAUAUAUGACUCUCGUCCAGUCCAUCUGAAUUAGCUAUAUGACUCCCGUCCAGUCAGUCUGAAUGAGCUGUAUGACUCCCUUCCAUAGCACCAGACAGUGGCUGAAUGGGUCCAGUGCUGUUGCUGUCGCAACAGGCAUGUGGUGAUCCGAUGGGAGCCCCUGCAUGAGAUAGAGAGAACUCAGAAAGUGAAUGGUGUUCGCUCCAUAGUGUGUGUCUGCGCUUCAGCCUAGGCCUGAAUUUGGCAAUCAUAUACUGAACAAAAAUCUAAAUGCAACAAUUACAACGAUUUUACUGAGUUAAAGUUAAUAUAAGGAAAUCAGUCAAUUGAAAUCAAUUAAUUAGGCCCUAAUCUAUGGAUUUCACAUGACUGUGCAGGGCACAGCCAUGGCUGGGCCUGGGAGGACAUAGGCCCACCCACUUGGGAGCCAGGCCCAGCCAAUCAGAAUGUGUUUUUCCCCACAAAAGGGAAUUAUUAC